GCGCAUGCGUGAAAAAGGAAUAAUGCCUCCUUAACCCCACUUAUCUUGGCUUCAAAAAUUUAGAUAUUGCUCCAUCUAUAUAUUUAUAACCAUUUAUGAGUCUUAUGACUUUGCUAGAAGCAUUUACGAGAGAAAGUAGUUUUACUCGCGGGAACAAAUGCCGAAGAAUAAAGGUAGAAAUGCGUUCUUCUUCUUCAUGGUGGACUGGAGAAAACGCGCAGAGGCGGAAGGACACAAGUUUCCUAAUGGAUUGAAAGAUGUUCAACAAGAUCCGAAUUGUAAUGAGGAAUGGCGGAGUUUAACUAAGCAAGAGAAAGGUCCAUAUGAAGCUAGAGCCAAACAAGAUAAAAUUUCAUCACAAAUAUCGAGCAAAGAAAAGAAAACGUCAUAUGGAGAGUCAUUACGUUUGCUUGAAUUAAAGGAAAAAGAAGCAGAGAUGUUUAUAAAAAAUAUGCAAGAAAAUAUAAAACUAAUGAUUGACUCAGCUGUGAAUCUUAAUUUUUUGCCACAAUUAAAAUUUUGUUUUGUACACGUUAAUCAUUUUUUCACAAAAAUUGUUAACAACACUGCUGAAUAUUUCCCAGCCGAAUAUGCAUUUGGGAUUUUUUCGCUUGAGAAUGGUAUAGAAGAUGUAUAUCAUGUAAUUGUUAGUGCUGAGAUUCCAUUAGGAUAUAGACGAGAAGCACUGGAGCAAAGUCAGGAGUCUCAUAACAUACCUGUUGAAUAUCCAGGUGGAGAGACUGACUUUGCUGUUAUGUAUGAGAAAUUAGAAAAAUUUUUAGAAUCCAGAAAACUUGUGGACCAAUAUCCUUACCUUUAUACAACAAGACAUUUCAAAAACAAAGUACAAUCUUUGAUAGCAAAAUUGUGUGAUGCAGCAGAGCAAGAUAAAAAUCAGUUUAUUAUUUACGAAAUGGAGUCAUUGUUUGAACAUUUGGCAAAUGAAUGCUACAAGAAAAGACCAGAUCGACUAUUGAAACAUAUACCUAUUUAUGCUGAAAAUGUGUUUACACAACUUACAUAUAUCUUUGAAAAAGGAUUUGAAUGUCAUCUUCAUAAAUACAUUGAUGGAGGAACUGAAACAUGCAGUAAAUCUGUGCUGCAUCAAUGGGCAUGGAUAUUGUGCGAAGAGUUUUGUAAACCACUUGAGAUUGAUAUGAAGCCAGGAAUACAUUGUCCUUACAAGCUUCAAGAGCAAGAUUUUUCCUCUGUGACAAAUAUGAUGAAUAAUAUAAAGGUUGAAGAUGCCCCUCGCAAAUCUAAACCUGAGGUUAACGCACUUUUAUCUAUGACAGGGGUGAGCGAGCAACAUAGACUAAAAGUUUCUAGUAGAUCACAUGAAGAAGAAAUGCGCCGUCGAAAAGAAUCAAAACCAAUAACAGUUAUUGAUUAUAGCGAAUUACAAGAAUCCGCUAGUAAACCAGUUGAAGCUAUUAAAAGUUCUCUUGAUAAAUCUGCUAAGACAUCUGUUGAAGAAAAGACUAAAUAUGUUUCAAAAUAUUUGAAUGAGAAACCAUUGCGACCUCCAAAUAUUGAUUCACACGCUUAUAUUGUUUCUACUACUACAAGCGAUUUUCUUCCAACAGAUGAUGAAAAUUUUCCUCCUAUUGGUGGAAGAGGCGUAUCUCUCAGGUCUCAACGAACAAAUACAACAAGAAAACCGCCUUUAGGCAAAGGACAAGGCCACAAGUAAAUCUUUUUCUAUUUAAAAGGAAGGGUAACAGAUCUGAUAUGACAACGAUUAUGACAACGAUAUUUGAUGAAGAUGAACAAUAUUUCUUUGUAUUAAAAUUAUAUAUCAUUUAUAAUAGCCAUUUAUUUUACAAUUAGUACUAUACCAAAGAAAUUUCACCUUUAUUUGACAAUAAGUACUUACAUAAAUAUUUUUAUAUAUAUGUCAAGAUUUUAUUUUGAUAAAAGUUUAAAAGAUUUUUUAGUAUAUACUUUAUUUCUCAAAUUUACAUUUACCUAUAAAAAAAGAAUGAUAUAAGAUCUUAACAUGAUGUCCGAUGUAAUAUUUAAGCAACAUUAUGCUCUAUAACAAUUCAUAUGAUAUAUUUUUUGUUUAUUUCUUUAUUAUGCUUUGAAGAUCUUAUUUGUUGUCGUUAAUUAAAAGAAAUUAAUAAUAUCUUUAUUAUCAUAAUGAUAUUUUUCAAAACAUGUCACGAUAUAAGUUUCAAAAAAUUGGACCAAUUUUAUGAUUAUGAAUUCUUAUAAAACUUAAUUUACUUGAUACUUAUCUUAGUAAAAGUUACUACGUAUAUAAUAUGAUAAAUAUAAAUAAUACAUAAUGGUAUAUAAUCAUAUAAAUGUUAAAUGUUAAAUAUUAAUUACUAUAGUUCAAGAGUGUUACAUUGUAUUGUGAUUUACUCCAACUUUUUAUUUUGAUGUAUCAAUAGAAUUUAAAACAUUAUUUAAUUUUAUGAAAAUGUAUUAUAAGACUCUUUAUUAACAUUUUCGAUAUAUUUACCUUUUAAAAAUAUUUUUUAAUUGCAAUAUUAAAUGAGAAAUCUUCAGAUUUAAUUCUCUAAUUUAAAUUUAGUACUCAAGACUAUUAUAGUACAAAUAAAUGAAACUUACUAUGUAGCAAUAUGAUUACAAAUGAUACAUAAUGAUUAUAAAUUUUAAUUAAAUAAUAAAUAUGUGUUGAAUGUUGAA